UAUGAUAAGGCUAUUGACAAGCUUGAAGGAGAGGUUAUGGCACAACUUUUUGAACUUGCAAAAAUGAAUCAAGCUGGGACUAGGUAUAAGCAGAGGCACUACAUUAGCAAGGGGAUCAAGGCACAAUCAAAAACUGUGAUGGCUGCUGUCAAGUCAUAUAAUGAUGCUGCUACACAAUUGGGCCUGCCAUCUCUCAAAGUCAGUACAGUACUGAAAUACAUCUUUAUUGGCCAAUUUGACGUUCUUUGCUUAGGUUGCCUUCAAGUAGAUCAAAAGCCUUGGAUACAAGAAGCUGAACAUAAUGCUGCACUAAAGUUUUUCAAACUCAAACAAUCCUAUGAAGAACUUUGGCAAUUAAACAUAGAGAUUUGA